AUGGUAUUCCAGUUCUUUGUGUUUAACUUGAUGCCUUACCUUCCGAGCGUUCGAAUCGCCUUGGUGUUCAUGAGUGCACUACUCCUCGUGAAAAGCUUCCUAGAGCACCGACGGACCCAUCGCAACCUCCCACCGGGGCCAUGGGGUCUGCCCCUGCUCGGGGCAACCUUCCGGCUGGGCGUGAACCCGGCCCGCUCCCUUGAAGAGAUUAGCCGUGAGUACGGGAAGAUUUUCAGCCUGAGGAUCGGUCCGAGGCUAACGGUAGUGAUGGCUGACACUGAGUUGGUCAAAGAGGCGUUUGGUAAGAAAGCUGAAGCAACAAGCGCGAGGGAGAACUUCAGGCUGGAUUGGAUGGACACGUCCGGUGCGUUGGUCAGUUGCAGCGGCAGUGACGUCAAACCCCUUCGCCGUUUCUUGCUAAGUUCACUCCGGGACUUCGGUCUCGGUAAGAAGGGGUCGGAACUCCUAAUCCAGGACGAGGCCCAGCAUCUAUGCCAGGGUUUCGGAGCCAUGGACCGGGAGAGUUUUGACCCCAGCGAUCUGAUCCAGAUGGCCGUGGCAAACGUCAUAUGUUCCCUCUGCUUCGGCACCCGGUUCCCUUACGACUCCCCGGAGAUGGCAAAGCUAAUCACGGGUCUACGGGAGGCAUCACACAUCGGCGCUUUCAGUCUCACCCGUGACAUCCCGCUCCUGUUCCUCGCUCCGAGUUUCAAAUCGUUCCGGGAUGGUGUGCUGGUCUACCGGAGCAUGAUGGAAGACAUCCUACGGUCCCACGUCAAGACCUUUGAUCCGGGUAAUCCCAGGGACGUCGUGGAUAAACUACUCCGGGUGAUUGCUGGUAAUGAUAGCCCCUUCUCUUUCGGAGCAGACCGGGUUUACCGUACCAUGAUGGACAUGUUCGGCGCGUCCGUAGACACGACUGCUUCGAGUCUACAGUUUGCCGUAUUGCACAUGGCACUAAAUCCUGAAGUGCAGAAAAAGGUUCGAGAUGAGAUUCUGCAAAAAAUCGGCAACGACCGAGCACCAGGCAUGACCGACCGAGACACCCUACCGUACACAUCCGCGGUCAUCAACGAAGUCCUCAGAAUCAGCCACCCUGUUCCACUGAGCAUACCCCACCGCGCUACAAAAACCUUCGAGUUAGGUGGAUACACCAUCCCGGCAGGGACGGACCUCGUAUCCCUCAUCUGCGCUCAGAAUAGAGAUCCGAAGACGUUCGACAACCCGGAGGAGUUUCAACCGGAGAGGUUUCUCUCUGAAGACGGGCAGACUGUCGUCUUGCCGAAUACUUUCCUGCCCUUCGGCGCUGGUUCCCGGAUGUGUAUUGGCGAGGGCUUAGCCAGAUACGAAUUGUUUCUCUUCUUUACGGCCAUGAUGCAGAGAUUCACCUUUGACAUCUCACCGGAAGCUCGUAAAACCCACAAAGCCCUCUUCGGAUACUUCUUGUGGUACCCGAGCAGUGUACAGAUCCGAGCUACGCCGAACUUUUAAAGGGUUUUUACUCCUAUUGUAGAUCAAGUUUUUGGCCAUGAAAGGAAUCCCUACUUAUUGUGAAUGAAGAUUUAUGUAAUAUAGUUUAUCUGUAGUAGUUUCAGCUUCAUUUGUCGUCGAGGUUUUGAGGAAAAAAAAUCAAU